AUGAAAAGUAAUGAUAUUGAGGAACUCUACAGCAAUCCAGAGAAACUCGGAUCAUUGAUUGAGUCAAUCGUAUCUGUUGAAGACUGGUUGAAAGUUCUCUCUGAAUUCUUCAAUGCCUACUAUUCACCAGACGAGGAUCCACCCACAAGAGAAAGUAUUCUAAAAUCACUGGUGUGUGGCGAGAAUGAAAAGGUAGAAGAAUAUAUGAACAGAUAUAUAUACGGGAUGUUUAAUGGUGAUCCAGGAUAUAUCUGGAAGUUAUGUGACGUAGAUAUGGCAGAAUGGAACAAUACAUUGAGAAAUAAUUACUAUUCUGAAUCAGACCUCUAUAAAGUUCAAAUGAUGUUUAACCAGGCUGUAGAAGAUAAAAUGGCGGAACAUGAUGACAAAGUGACCAGUAAAACUGUUUUAGAAAUGUUGGAGAAAUUGAACCUGGAUGGGCUAUUGAACAGCAGCUCCACAACAGAAGACUGGCUACGAAAUAGUCAAGACACUGGUCUUGAAGGGCUGAUGUAUGUGCUGGAAAUGAUUGCGGAAGAGGAUAUACUGAAAGACUUCAAGGCCAUGCUGCUGAUUAUUAUUGAAGUUCAAGAGUAUAUCAACACUAUGCUGGAAAAAUUUACAGAAAGUGAUCAGGAGUAA